CCCCCGCCCGUGUCCACGUCAGAGGGAGGAGAGCCGGGCCCCAACCCCGACGCCAACAUGGCGGAGCGCAGGAGGCACAAGAAGCGGAUCCAGGAAGUUGGCGAGCCAUCCAAAGAGGAGAAGGCCAUAGCCAAAUACCUACGCUUCAACUGUCCAACCAAGUCCACCAAUAUGAUGGGUCACCGAGUUGAUUAUUUCAUUGCCUCAAAAGCAGUGGAAUGCCUCUUGGACUCCAAGUGGGCGAAGGCCAAGAAAGGAGAGGAAGCCUUAUUCACAACUAGAGAGUCCGUGGUUGACUACUGCAACAGGCUGCUGAAGAAACAGUUCUUUCACCGGGCCCUGAAGGUGAUGAAAAUGAAACCUGAUAAGGACACAAAGAAAGAAAAGGAGAAAAGCAAGGCCGAAAGUGGGAAAGAAGAAGAAAGGCGGAGCAAGAAAGAAAGUGUCAAGGAUGAGAAAGGGAAGAAGGAGAAAGAAAAGGAAAAGAAAAAAGACGGGGACAAGGAAGAGUCCAAAAAGGAGGAGACCCCAGGAACACCCAAGAAAAAGGAAACCAAGAAAAAAUUUAAACUCGAGCCCCAUGAAGAUCAAGUUUUCCUGGACGGGAAUGAGGUAUAUGUGUGGAUCUAUGACCCGGUUCACUUUAAAACAUUUGCCAUGGGACUGAUUCUUGUCAUCGCCGUGAUCGCCGCAACGCUCUUCCCGCUCUGGCCAGCCGAGAUGCGAGUAGGUGUCUAUUACCUAAGUGUCGGAGCAGGCUGUUUUGUGGCCAGCAUUCUCCUCCUCGCCGUUGCCCGCUGCAUACUAUUCCUUAUCAUCUGGCUCAUCACCGGAGGAAGACACCAUUUCUGGUUCCUGCCAAAUCUGACCGCCGACGUGGGCUUCAUCGACUCCUUCAGGCCUCUGUACACACACGAAUACAAAGGACCCAAAGCAGACUUAAAGAAAGAGGAGAAGGCCGAAUCCAAAAAGCACCAGAAGUCUGACAGCGAAGAGAAAUCAGACAGCGAGAAAAAAGAAGAGGACGACGGGAAAGCGGGACCCCUGGGAAGGACCGGAGCGGAGGGCUCCGGGGGAGAGCGGCAUUCCGACACGGACAGUGACAGGAGGGAAGAUGACCGAUCCCAGCACAGUAGUGGAAAUGGGAAUGAUUUCGAAAUGAUCACGAAAGAGGAACUGGAACAGCAGACAGAUGGAGAGUGUGAGGAAGAGGAGGAGGAGGAAGAGGAGGAGGAGAACAAUGAAGAGACGACUCGACCGUCGCAGGAAAAAUCAUAAACUGAACUCGAAUCUGGGGACUGAAUACGUGCAAGGGGUUGGAUUUUCUAUGCUGGCUGAUCACCAAAAUGUAAACCUGGCAUCUGUAGCAUUCUCUAAAUCAGUUUGCUGAAACGUACAUGACAUCCAGGCAGUUCUAUUCAGUCCUUCGUUUUGUAGACCAUUAACUAUUUUUAUUUUUUUUUUUUGGUACAAUGGUAAGUCAUUAAUACGUAUAUUUACAGCCAUUUUAUCCACUUGACAAGUAGCCUGCCAGUAGAUCUUAUUCCUUUCGCUAGUUGUCAGAGAUGCAAGUUUCUUCGGCGGCGUGUAGAAUGACGGCGUUCGGGGCAGCGGCCCAGCUCCUGACCCUUCGGACGUGUCCGGGAAAGCUUUAGAGGUGGCAAAAGCGAGUGACCAAAAUCUCAGAUUACGAAUAGCUCUGUAGUCAUCGAACUGUUACUUCGGAGAUGAAGCGCUGAAGCUCACGGCUGUCUCGCUACUUAAGCUAUAUUCUUAAUUUUCAUAAAAUUGUACCAGGAAACUUUUCUUUAAGACUGUAGAGUUAGCAGGAGGUAACUUUUAAAGUAUCUUUGCUGAAGUUAGGCCAGCCAGUAGUCAAGCAACAGCCUUUUCUGUGGAGCCACGGGUCCUCCUCGACCAACCUAGGAAAUCCAAGCGAAUUCGUUCAUCGGGCGCAGAGGAAGCGGGUCCCCCCCCACCCCUCCCAGCCAACAGAGCCAACGGCCCCAGGUUAGAAACCGGCGAUCGCUCCGUCUCUUCUCUCCUCCCCGUCUCCCCCGGCGUUAACGCAAGAAAACGGUAUUCUGUACAUACUUUACAAAGAAACCUUUUUAUUUUAACGGUUACUUAUUCCCGAGAGGUUUCCUCGACACUUCGAUUUGUAAAACGACGACCAUUUAAGGGUGUGUUUUUAGAGAAAUCCGUGUCACGGAACAUCUUUGUGCGAUCGAUUGGUAGGGCUUUCCACAGCAGCUUCAGUCUUGUGUCAACAUUCCACGUAUUUGAGUAUGAGUAAACCGAUCCUCCUUCAGAAGAGCAGACUUAAAAGUAGCUGUUUGUACGCCUUAAUGUUAUUUUGUUUUUUUUGAUUUAUCUUAAAUCUUUACAUUCGGAAACUGGAGUACUGUAUUAUCAGAUUUAGAAGGCUCUGCUGUGAGAUACUUUACUGUUCUAAAGUGCAGAUGAAAAUAAAGAACAUCAAAAAAGAA